AUGUUGCAGAGACCCCGACGCCGUUGCGAGGGCACAGCCAUGGGAGCUAUCGUUCUCGAUAUCAGACCCGGUGUUGGUAUUGGACCCUUCUCCGUCGGACAUGGGAUGCCUAUUUGCGAAGCAUUUGCUCAGAUAGAGCAGCAGCCUAAUAUAUACGACGUGGUGCAUGUAAAGUAUUUCGAUGAGGAACCCCUAAAGUUUGAUAUUGUUAUUAGCUUUCCCGAUCAUGGCUUCCAUCUUCGAUUUGAUCCGUGGUCGCAGAGACUGAGGCUUAUUGAAAUAUUUGAUGUAAAGCGCCUUCAGAUGCGUUACUCUACUUCUUUGAUUGGAGGAUCAUCAACUUUAGCUACUUUCGUUGCUGUAUAUGCACUCUUUGGGCCCACAUAUCCUGGAAUUUUUGACCAGGAGAGAAGCAUUUAUACCCUAUUCUAUCCGGGUCUUUCCUUUGCCUUUCCUAUUCCAAGUCAAUUUGUAUACUGCUGUCUUGAUGGGAGAGUGGAAUUGCCAUUGGAAUUUCCUGAUGGAACCACACCAGUUACAUGUCGUAUAUCUGUAUAUGACAGCUCUUCUGAGAAAAAGGUUGGUGUGGGGUCCUUAAUGGAUAAGGCUUCUGCUCCACCAUUACCUGUUGGUAGCAUUUACAUGGAAGAGGUUCAUGUGAAGCUCCGAGAAGAAUUGUAUUUCACAGUUGGCUCUCAACACAUCCCUUUUGGUGCAUCUCCUCAGGAUGUGUGGACUGAGCUUGGACGACCUUGUGGAAUUCAUCAAAAACAGGUAGAUCAAAUGGGUAUUCAUUCUGUUUCAGAUCUUCGACCACGGACAACUCUAUGUGGAGAUUACUUUUAUAAUUAUUUUACUCGAGGUCUGGACAUCUUAUUUGAUGGACAGACACACAAAAUCAAGAAGUUUGUGUUACACACCAACUUUCCCGGUCAUGCGGAUUUCAAUUCUUACAUUAAGUGCAACUUUGUUAUCUAUGGCGCAGAUUCAGUAGGGGAAUCACUAAAUAAUAGCAAACAGAAGGUUAUUACGCCUAGCACCAAGUGGGAACAAGUGAAGGAAAUACUUGGGGAUUGUGGACGAGCUGCCAUCCAAACACAAGGCUCAGCAAGUAACCCCUUCGGUUCUACAUUUGUGUAUGGUUAUCAAAAUAUUGCUUUUGAGGUGAUGAAGAAUGGUUAUAUUGCAACAAUAACUCUCUUCCAAUCAUGA